CACACCCUCUUCCUUUCAAGCCAUCUUACAAACUGUAUAUAGAGAAAUAUUCUUAUUCUCUUUUCCUCCACAAACCAAAAUUCUUGCAUCUCACAUCCAUCAAAUUACUAAUAUGUCUGGAGUUUGGGUAUUCAAGAAUGGCGUUGUCCGGCUUGUGGAGGGUGACUGCCAAGGGGCAACCAGUCGCCGGAAAGUGCUUGUACACCUUCCUAGUAAUGAAGUAAUCACAUCAUAUGCGGUGCUUGAAAGGAAGUUGUACUCUCUUGGAUGGGAGAGGUACUAUGAUGAUCCUGACCUUCUUCAGUUUCACAAAAGAUCCACUGUUCAUCUUAUUUCUCUCCCAAAGGAUUUCAACAGGUUUAAGUCCAUGCACAUGUAUGAUAUUGUUGUUAAGAAUCGCAACGAGUUUGAAGUUAGAGACAUGUAAAAAGAAAUAAAAAGGAAGAAGCUAAGGGGUUGAUUUGAAGUCACUCUUCCAGUGUGUUGUUUUGGGGUUUGUUCAAUUCUAUCUUGGGGAGUUGGGGGUGAUUUUCCAGUGUGUUUUAAUUAGGUUUUUAUCUUUAAUUUGCGGUUUGUUUCACAAUGCAGCAAAUGUUGGAAAGUUGUAAGGAAAGAAUAUUGUAUAUUUAAAAGGUUGUUUGGAUUU